AUGGCAAAUAAAAGGAGGCUAACCGAGUUCGAGACUGUGGCACUCACUGAGGAGUGCAGUUCAAGAAUUCAGGGCAUGUUACCGCAGAAAUUGAAGGAUCCAGGUAGUUUCACUAUCCAAAUCUCGAUUGGUAAAACUGUUAUUGGGCGAGCUUUAUGUGAUCUUGGAGCAAGCAUCAAUUUGAUGCCGCUAUCGGUGUUCAGACAGUUGGGUUUGGGUGAGCCACGCCCAACAACAGUUAUCUUACAGUUAGCUGAUCGCUCCCUUGCUCAUCCUGAGGGAGUGAUUGAAGAUGUGCUAGUUCAAGUGGGUUCCUUCAUAUUCCCUGCUGAUUUCAUUAUCUUGGAUUACGAGCCUGAUCAGGAAGUCCCAUUUAUUUUGGGGCGUCCAUUCUUAGCCACGGGCCGAGCUAUUAUCGAUGUUUGCGAAGGAAGAAUGACAAUGAGAGUGGGUGAUCGAGUGGAGGUCUUGAAUGUUUAUAGAGCACUCAAGUUACCAGCCCACUAUGAAGAGUUAUCCAUGAUCUCUGUGGUGGAGAGUGAUGCUACAUCGUUAGUGCCCUAUAUGAGCCCUGUAGAUCCUGUUGAACGAGUAUUGAUUGGGGAUGUAGAAAAUAGUGAAGAUGAAAUGAUGGGAGAAAUUGAGCAA